AUGUGGAUUUUCUUGUUGGAUCUCGUCCCGGUUCUCCUGCUGUGUUUCAGUGGCAUUCUCUAUGCUCGGAGGAAGAAGGCUACAUGUCCUCUGUCCCCUGGGCCAAAGGGCCUGCCUAUCAUAGGUAACGUAUUAGACAUUCCAAAAAACCGCGAGUGGAUUACGUAUGAGAAAUGGGGCAAAGAGUUCGGCUCUGAUAUCAUCCAUGUGGAGGCUUUUGGUACGCAUCUGAUCGUCCUGAAUUCUGCAAAGGUGGCGAAGGAGUUAUUCGAACGACGGUCGUCUCUAUAUUCCGACAGGCACACCACGCUUGAUAGCUCUCAACAUUCUGUGUGUAAUGCUGAGCCCAAAACUUUAACAUCAUUUCAUGUCGCAGGAUGUCACUCACUAGAUAUUCAAUAUUUUAGCCUUCACUUCGACUGGACGUUGGCAUUUUUGCGGUACGGUCCACGAUGGCGUAACAUGCGUAGGGAGUUUCAUCGCUACUUCCACCUUACGGCUGCGCGACAGUACCAUCCCAUCGAACUUGACGCAGCACAUGGAUUAUUGCGCCGGCUGAUGGACACGCCGACGAAAUUUUCCUCACAUAUACAACAGUUAACAAUGGUGGUCCUUGAUGUCCUUCUCAACUUCUGUUGGGUAUUGGGAUUCUCACGUGUUGUCAGGACCGAUCGCCUCCCUGAUUUCACAGAUGAGGCUGUGCUGCCAUACGUGACCGCACUCAUGAAAAAGGUCCUUCGAUGGCGCCCAGCCUCUUUGGGUUGCCAUGGCUUAGCAAUUCCUCGCCGAGUCGUCUGUGAUGAUGUCUACGACGGAUACUCGAUCCCCAAGGAUUAUAUCGUCAUUGGAAACACUUGGGCGAUUCUUCACAACGAGACAACGUAUCCCGAACCAGACCUCUUCAGCCCUCAGCGCUUCCUUAAUGCCGCUAGCACCCCCUCCUUCCCUGAUGCCGCAUUCGGCUUCGGACGACGGAUUUAUCCUGGGCGAUACAUCGAUACAUGGCACGCGAUGCGGUAUGGAUCACGAUUGCCUUUAUCCUUGCGACAUUCGAGAUUCGUAAGGCGCUCGACGAAAAGGGCAAUGAGGUUGAACCGUUGGAUGACUGUGCUUCUGGGGUCGUCUCGUAUCGUAUGUGAUAGACUGAUAUGUGAUAUGUAG